AAGCAGCAGCAGCAGCAGGAGCCACCCAGCUGACAGCAUAAUUCACUCUUUCUCUCUUUUCUUCUCGAUCUUCUCCUCAAGAAAAACUCAUCUCGUCUUUGACAACAACAUAAUAUAAUUAAUGGCGUGCUUGUUUCCCCCACGAUUCUCAGUUCGGCUAACGACGAAGCCGGAGUUGGUGACGCCCAAAACCCCGACGCCUCGAGAAAAGAAGGCGCUGUCCGACAUCGACGACCAGGCUAGCCUCCGGUACCAAAUGCCUGGGCUAUGGUUUUACGAGAAUAAAGAAUCCAUGGUCGGGAAAGAUCCAGCUAAGGUUAUUAAAGAAGGACUGGCCAAAGCGCUAGUGUUUUUUUAUCCCUUGGCCGGUCGGCUCACCGAAGGCCCCAACAAAAAGUUGAUAGUGGACUGCAACGGUGAAGGCGUGCUGUUUGUGACGGCUGAAGCCAACGUUGCGCUUCACAAGUUGGGUGAUUUUAUACACUCCCCAUGUCCAUAUCUCAAGAAGCUUCAGUAUAAUGUGCCUGGCUCUCACAGGAUCACUGGUUGCCCACUUCUCUUGAUUCAGGUGACUCGUUUUAGUUGCGGCGGCUUUGCACUGGGUGUCCGUUUCAAUCACACCAUGGUUGAUGGGUACGGGAUCCAGCUGUUUCUGAAAGCAGUAUGCGAAUUAGCGCAGGGUGGAUCGGCGCCAUCGGUUUUGCCAGUGUGGGAAAGAGAGCUGUUGACGACCGCUGCUGAUCCAAUUACCCCCACCACACACCACGCCGUUUACGGGGCCGCCGACAUGCGCAACAAUUUCAAGCGGCUUGACAUUGAGUGGUGGGGCACCAUACUUUUCAACUUUGAGAAGUUGGCUUCUAAGCCGCUCUUCUUCUUCUUCCCAAACAUCUUGAAACCCAUCCUUCUCAGAAGCUCUUUCCUCUUUGGUCCCAACGAAAUCCAGGCUCUCAGAGACCAAGCCGCGGCUCAAGACUUCGGCCCCUGCACCACGUUCGAGUUGAUAUCUGCUUGUUUGUGGAAGUGUCGCACGAUCGCUCUCCAACCCAACCCCAACGCCACGGUCCGGGUCACGUUCCCCACUGAUAUACGCCGCAAAUCCUUGGCGGGGCUGAAGUUCGACCCUGGGUACUACGGCAACGCCAUUGUUAUGCUGUCCGCCGCCACCACGGCCAAGUUGUUGUGUGAGAGCCCCAUUACUUAUGCCAUCGAGUUGAUCAGAGAGGCUAAGAGCAAAGUAAGCACUGAUUAUGUCAAGUCGGUGCUUGAUUUCUUGGUGAUUAACGGCCGCCCAAGGAUGUCGGUGAUGAGGAACGUCUUGGUUUCGGACAUUUCAAGAAUUGGGUUGGAGAAGAUAGAUUUUGGAUGGGGGGAUGCAAUAUUUGCCGGUGCCGCCACUGCCGCUUACGGGGCUACAUUCUUAGAACGGCCGAAGAGCAAUAGCAGUACUGAGAGGAGCGUUUUGGUACCUAUAUCUCUGCCUCACCUAUCUAUGCUAAUUUUCAAACGUGAGAUCAAGAAAAUGACUAAGUUCAAUUUUUGACAACAUCCUUUUAAUGAUCUAAUGACAAAAAGAAUUUUUUUACUGUAAUAAUUUACCUUUUUGUAUAAUAAUAUUUAUAGGUUUCUCUUCUUAUUCAAAAAAAUAAAAAAGAAGAUGACUAAGUCGUUUUAGGACAGCGAGGCCAUAGCCCAUAGAAAAUGGGUGGCCUAUUUAAUUUUUAUCUAUGUAUGCAACUACAAACAAAUUUAGGGUGCCUUAUGUAUCCAGGUGCAUGCCAUGUUAACAAAGUGAAUAUGGAAUAAUAUUCAUAAAAUUGUUAUGUAAGAUUCAUAAAUUUGAAUUGAUGCAACUAUUAUACAAUAUUAAAAAAGUUUAUUAUUGC